AUGGCGUCCGGUCUGAAGCACUUGAAAAGUCACAUCAAAGCGGUCGGCAACAUCCAGAAGGUGACUGGCUCCAUGAAGAUGGUUGCCGCUGCCAGGUUCAUCCAGGCAGAGAAGAGCGUCUCUGUCGCCAGGCCGAUUGGGCUUUGCGUCAGGAGGUUUUAUGACAGUUUCAGCCAAUCUGUAAAACAGUCCGACUGGCAUCACUUCUUGGCCACUUUCACAUCUGACCGUGGGCUCUGCGGUGGGGUCCACAAUAAAGUCUGUAAGAAGGGUAAGCAGGUGUUGAAAGACAAUCCGGGAAAUUACAGCUUUUUCUGUAUAGGGGAAAAGAGUAGGUCAAUCCUUGCUUUUGACUUCCCCAAGUUGGUCCGCAUUGUCGUCAAUGGGAUUGGCCACAGGACGCCAACUUUUCAAAGUGCAUCGGAGAUCACUUUGAAGCUGAUUAAUUAUACAGACUUUUAUCAUGUUGUCAUGGUUUAUCCCAUAUUUAAAAACAUGCUUUCAUUCAAUAUUCAAGCAUCGAAUUUGUACUCAUAUUCGGUCAUUGCCGACACGGAGUUUGUGAUGAAGUACGAGGUGGACAGAGAUGAUUUUCAGUCUUAUGUGGAGUUUUUGAUCGCGAGUCAAGUUUUCUCCGCUUUGUGCGACACUUACCUUGUUGAGCUUUCGGCUCGGAUCAAUGCGAUGUCUUCAGCCACGAAGAAUGCUGGCAAACUUAAAAAGACGCUUAUGCUACAGUAUAACAGAGUACGACAGGCUCUUGUUACUAAGGAACUUAUGGACAUUAUCGGUGGGGCUUCUGUCAUCAUAAAAAAGAAAAAAUGA